AUGGCUAGCACUUCCGGCCACGUAGCCAAGACUCUCCAGGAUUUCCGAGUCGAUGAGCUCUUGAGCCAGCGCAGUUAUUGCAUGGCCAAUUUCUAUUACACUGGGAAUUGGAGUCAAGGACUAGCGGGACCGGUAGCAUCACUAAAAAUAUCGCCCAAGCAACGCACGGUGAUCUUUGCUGUGGGAAACCACAUUUAUGAGUUGUCUCCAACGGAAGUACAGGAGGUGCCGCUAUCCCUGCAGCCCGUUCCUAGUGUGGUAUUGCAAGCUAACUGGAAGGUCAAGAUGCACGACGGAUCUGCCAACAUCAAAAAGGGUUUAUGGUUAAACUGA